AUGAGUGGUCGGGGUGCCUAUUACAGGGCCAAAUAUGGCGGUAAGACGAUGCUGACUGGGCGUGCAGGACUUCAGCUGUGGGGUCGUAGUGCAGAUGCAGAAGAGGAGCUUCCCUGUUUCGAUGCUGCUGCUGCUGCUGCUGCAACGGCUGCUGCCUGUGCAGGAAGGGGCAGAGGCGGCCGCCACAACGUUUCGGGGGACGGCGGGCCCCCAGGCCACGCCUACGGGCAGCGGCAGUUCCAAGAAGAAGAUGAGGAACCAGCAGGGGUCCGUGUCCGCAACAGUUCGCUAUCAUUUUUCUCAUUUUUUAUAAACUCCUCUGGAGUUCUUUUGCUGCGCACGUAA